GAGUUUUUACAUCAUUUUUGUUAAUUGAUUUAUGUAUUUAAGAUUCUUCAACAUUAAAAAUAUUAAAAAUAUAAAUAUAGUGCAGAUUAAUCAAUCAAUAAAAGUUUUAAUUGAAUAUAAAACAUGCGUUGGUUAAUAACCAAACAUCUGGCACGUUUGUACCCGGCACUACUGAAUUCGUAUAAUAUUUCUACGAACUCAGACGUGCGUCAUAUUUCAAUUAAUGGAACAUUAUUUAAUGAGCUCAAAAGACGUUUAAAAGCUGAACAAAAACAAAAAGAAAAAGAAGCUAAAGCUGCUACAGUGAAUUCAGCACCAGAAAAACCCAAAGAAAACAAGACUACUUUGAACCAAGAAGAGAUCAGUCCAAAUGAAUAUUUCAAACUUCGCAGCAAAGAAAUUGCUGAGCUUAAAAGCUCCAAUGACAACCCAUAUCCUCACAAAUUUCAUGUGUCGAUGUCAUUGGAAAGCUUUAUCGAAAAAUUCGCCAAUCGAGUGAAAGAAUCUGAAAUUUUACAUGAUGAAGUUCAUAGUAUUGCUGGACGAAUAUAUGCAAUACGAAAAGCUGGUGCUAAAUUAGUUUUUUAUGAUCUUAGAGGUGAAGGCCUAAAAGUGCAAAUAAUGGCAAAUGCUAAACAUUAUGAAAACGAUGAAGCAUUUGAGAAAGAUGUAGAGAAAAUUGGCCGAGGUGACAUAGUCGGAGUUGUUGGUGUUCCUACUAAAACAAAAUUAGGAGAGUUUUCAAUCUUACCAAAGAAAAUGACUCUCCUCAGUCCAUGUCUACACAUGUUACCGCAUUUACAUUAUGGAUUGAAAGAUAAAGAAACAAGAUUUCGUCAACGUUAUCUUGAUUUAAUUAUAAACGAGAAAGUACGCGAAAAAUUUUACAUAAGAGCAAAAAUUAUUGCGUACAUACGCAAAUUUUUUGAUGAAUUGGGCUUCCUUGAAAUUGAAACUCCUAUGAUGAAUAUGAUUGCUGGAGGAGCUACUGCUAAACCUUUCAUGACUCAUCACAAUGAGCUGAACAUGGAUCUUUAUAUGCGAAUUGCACCAGAGUUAUAUCAUAAGAUGUUGAUUGUUGGAGGUAUAGACAGAGUAUAUGAAAUAGGCAGGCAAUUUCGUAAUGAAGGAAUCGAUAUGACGCAUAACCCAGAGUUUACCACGUGUGAAUUUUAUAUGGCUUAUGCUGAUUACAAUGAUUUAAUAUCCAUAACUGAAUGUAUGUUAUCAGGAAUGGUAAAAAGUAUUCACGGAACGUAUAAAGUGAUAUAUCAUCCUAAUGGUCCGGAAGGAGAAGCAGUUGAGAUUGAUUUCACACCGCCAUUCAAAAAAGUAUCAAUGAUAAAAACAUUGGAAGAAAAGUUGAAUGUAAAAUUCCCUGAUGCUGAUAAACUCAACACUCCGGAAGCUAAUAAAUUUUUAGAUGAAUUAUGUGUUAAACAUGAGAUUGAAUGUCCACAACCUAGAACAACUGCACGUCUUUUAGAUAAAUUAGUUGGAGAAUUUAUUGAAGAAUAUUGUAUCAAUCCAACAUUUAUAUUAGAUCAUCCUCAAAUUAUGUCUCCACUUGCCAAAUGGCAUCGUUCUGAAAAAGGACUCACUGAAAGGUUUGAAUUAUUUGUGAUGAAAAAAGAGAUUUGCAAUGCAUAUACUGAGUUAAAUGAUCCAGUAGUGCAACGUGAAAGAUUUGAACAACAAGCAAAAGAUAAAGCUGCUGGUGAUGAUGAAGCGCAAUUGAUUGAUGAAAACUUCUGUACGGCUUUAGAGUAUGGUUUACCACCAACGGCAGGAUGGGGUAUGGGAAUUGAUCGACUUACAAUGUUUUUAACUGACUCAAAUAACAUAAAGGAAGUCCUAUUUUUCCCAGCAAUGAAACCUGAUGAUCCAAGAAAUAAAGAAGCAGAUGCAGAAAAAAAGUCAGAUGUUCAAUCAGAAAAAUAAAAAAGGAUGAAUUUUUAUAACAUCUUUCUGAAUAAAUUAAAUGUCAAAACGAAAA